AUGCCUCGGAGUGGCCCACCUGCUCCUCUGCUCUCGAACGGUAAAAGCGCGCUCUUACCCAAGAACACGGUAUUGACCGAGGCUGGGUCAGUCUCAUCUGAAGCAUUCAUGACCUGCUACUGCGUGCGCACUGACCGGAUCUCUGUCCCUCGCUUGGAAACAGUCGACCACCAUGGUAUGACAAGGGUUAGUGCUGUACAUCGGUUCGCUCGGUCGUUCGAGGAGCCCAAUCCCGCCAUGUGACAGACAUGUGGGGUAAACGGAGCGGCGGCGAAGGACAGCAGCCUCAUUCGCCCCGCGUAUCCUCCUACUCCCGCAAUCACCCAACUCAUCAUUCUUGUUGUUUCCCUUCCCAUUGGACAGAUGGACGAGUUCAAACGGCAUACGUCAUUGGCAUCGGAGGCGGUUCUGCAUCGGGCAAGACUCGAGUCGCUCAGGGUCAGUCACUCGUUCCCCAUUCUAAAUCCGGGGACGAUGAGUGGGUGAUGCUCAUCACUAGUCGUGGGGGUGCUUCUUACAGAAGUACUUAAGAAAUUAAGCGUACCGUUAGUCCCACCCUCCACGCUUUCAUAGUCUCCUCACCGAUCUGCUCACACCUCCGGGCUUCCCUCGUCGCCCUCCGCUGCAGAUGGGUCGUCGUUAUCUCCCAAGAUUCCUUCUACAAGCCCCUAACGCCCGAAGAGCUCUCCGCCGCCUUCCGCUGUGAACAUGACCUCGAUUCCCCUACCUCGAUCGACGAAGCCCUCCUGCGGGACUGUCUAGGUCGAUUACGAGCCGGCGAAGCUGUACAGUUGCCGAAUUAUUCGUUCGCCAAGCAUGCGAGGACCGACGAGACGACGUAUAUCUAUGGCGCGACAGUCGUUAUCGUCGAGGGUAUCCAUGCUUUGCAUGAGAGUCUGAGAGAUGUUUAUGAUCUCAAGGUAAGUACGAGGGGAUGAUUUGGUGGAGCCUGAAUUAUCACGACCCAGAACUGAUUUUGCUGCUUGUCCCCAAUCGUAAACGAUCAACGACAGGUUUUUGUUCAGGUGCGAUCUCUUCUACAGAAUCUCCUUACGACGAUGUUGCUUAGUCGUUUAGUUGCAUACAGUGCGACUCUGACUUGAUGCUCGCGAGGCGUCUACGACGGGAUCUCGUCGAGCGAGGUCGGGAUGCCGCCGGGGUUUUGGACCAGUUGAGUGCGAUGCUGAUGAAUGUGUGUGCGCGCUCUUGAAACUGAUGGUUUGUAUAUUUACAGAUAUCUACGCUUCGUCAAGCCCGCUUUCGAUAACCAUAUUCAGCCCACAUCUCGAUUCGCAGACAUCAUCGUCCCCGGAUCGAACAACGAGAUCUCUGUCGAGUUGAUCGCGGGUCACAUCCGGCGACAACUGGACGAGAGAAAGCAGGAGCUGCGCAAGGAGUUGUUCGUCGAGACCGAAGGGGCGAACGCAAAGCUCGGCACGAAUGGGGAGGGUGGAGCUGGACUCGUGAGCCAGCGGAGUAGAGAGAUCUCGGUGGAUCGCUUGGCGUCCAAGGAUGGGUUGCCGGAUACAGUGGUGCUGAUGGAACAAACGAAUCAACUGAGUGUGAGCUGAUUCCCGACGUGCUUGCCUAAACUCAGAACUCUGACGUCUUUCCUGAUGCCGAUUGUGCAGGGUAUCCACACUCUGCUUCGGUCCAGCUCGACACCCGCGGCAGACUUUUUAUUCUAUGCGAACCGACUGUCGACGCUCGUCGUCGAAAGAUCGCUGUCCCUCCUCCCCUACCGAUCCAAGCUCAUCACAACACGAACCUCUGUGCCUCAUACUGGGCAAGAGCUCGACAUUGACGCCGGUCACUUGGUCGGCGUUUCGAUCCUUCGCUCUGGCGCCUCACUCGAAAAGGGCCUUCGACGAGUCGUGCGAGAGAUCCCCGUGGGGUCGAUGCUGAUCCAAUCCGACGACCAAUCGGGCGAACCGCUGCUGUACUCGAUCCGAUUACCCCAAGCACUAACCCGCUCCAAAGAGUCCGCCAAGAAGACGUGGGUCUUGCUUCUGGAUUCCCAAAUCGGAACAGGGGCCGCGGCCUUGAUGGCCGUCCGAGUCUUACUAGAUCAUGGAGUGGACGAGGCCAAGAUCAUCAUCUGUGCGAUCCUCGUUUCCAAACUCGGUGGGGUGUGGGCAUUGAAGAGGGCUUUCCCACGGGUGAGGAUCGUCAGUUCGGCUGCGGAUGAUGGGUUGGAAGAAAGGUGGGAGAAGAAGAAGGAUGGGUCGGGUUCCAAGAAGGUGUUUGCGAUCCUGCCGGGGAUGGGGAGCUUUGGGGAUAGGUACUUUGUGACGAGCUGA